UAAUAAAAAUGCAGAGCCAUAAAACAAGUAAUUGAAUCAAACUUGAGUGAGUGAUCAAAGCCAUGCGACAGUGUAGCUACAUUCUCGUCAUCUGUCACCUGUUGUUGAUCGCUUCUGGGCCAUGCGCAUCAUUGACUGCUCCAGAUGUUAAUGACAAUGCUCCAACAUUUACACCUUUGACAAGUGCAAGUGUGCCAGAAAACUCAGCUAUUGGAACAACUGUACAAACUGUUGUGGCUACAGACCAAGAUAGUGGUGUUAAUAAGGAACUGGUGUAUGAUAUAACAAGUGGCAACACAGGCAACAAGUUUUACAUUGACCCAGUAAAUGGCUAUGUUGUUCUUCAGGACAAGCUGGACUAUGAGACAACUAACUUGUAUACUCUUGUCAUCACUGUUAAAGAUAAAGGUACCCCAUCACUAAGUGUGACUGGCACACUGACAGUGUCAGUGACAGAUGUCAAUGACAAGCCUCCAGUGUGUGCAUCAUCCCUGUACACAUCUACCAUAGCAGAAAAUUCUAUCAGCACAUCAGUGACUACAGUCUCAUGCACAGACACAGAAACUGUUGGAACUGUUUCCUACAGCAUUACGUCAGGUGAUACCAACAGCUACUUUACAAUAGAUACAGCAGGGGUUGUCUCAACAUCAGCUAGUGCUAACAUUGAUUAUGAAACAACUAGGUCUUAUGUUCUGGUCAUCACUGCAUCAGAUGGCAUUCAGUCAGCAGUUACUAGAGUUCAGGUUACAGUUACAGAUGUAAAUGAAGCUGACCCACAGUUUAGUCCAGCUGGUCCAUACACUGUGACAAUGUCUGAAUCCUCAUCAAUAGGAGACUCUGUUAAAACUCUUGCUGCCACUGAUGCUGAUACUUAUGACUCUAUCAGAGUUUUUUCCAUCACUGCAGGAAAUUCUGCUGCCAAAUUUAUGAUAGAUGCAUCUUCUGGAUUGAUAAAGCUACAAGGAUUAUUGGAUCAUGAAACUACAAGCUCUUAUUCUCUAACUCUUAAAGUUGAAGAUUCAGGAGGGAGAUCAUCCACUACAACAUUAACUGUUAGUGUUGGUGAUGUAAAUGACAACAGUCCUGUGUGCAGUGACCAAACAGCAGCUGUCAGUGUAAAUGAGGGAGUUAGCUCAGGAAUAUUGUACACACCAACCUGUUCUGAUCUUGACACAGUGGCCACUCCUACUCUUCUCUACUCCAUGUCUACCAGUGAUUCAUCAAUAUCAAUAGAUACUAGCACGGGAAAACUAUCACUCAGUUCAGCUAUGGACUAUGAAACUCAAACAAUUCAUGACAUUGUGAUCAUUGUUAGUGACCAAGGGUCACCAGCAAAGACAACAACAAUCAGUGUAAGAGUAAAUGUCCAGCCUGUGAAUGAAUUUCCACCAGUGUUCACCUCCUCAGCCACCUAUGGACCCUACAGUAUUGCUGAGGACACAGCUCUUGGUACAUCAAUAGGCAAAGUCUCAGCCACUGAUUCAGACAUGGGCUUGAAACAAGGGACAGUCAGAUACAGCAUUGUUGCUGGAGACACACAACAACAAUUUGCUGUUGAUGAGUCCACUGGUGUUAUCAAGGUGGUCAGUUCAUUGGACAGAGAGGCUAAAGCUACAUAUACCCUCACUCUAAGGGCAAAAGAUGAUGAAUCGGGUUCAGGAAAUGAAAAAAGUGCUGAUGCUACAGUGUAUUUAACAAUAACAGAUGUGAAUGACAACAGCCCCUUGUUUAACCCAUCUGUGUACACAAUAAAUGUAUUAGAGUCAGCUCCCUUUAGUCCAGCAGCUGUAUUGAAAACUUUAACAGUUCAUGAUGAUGAUGCAGGAACAAAUGCUGCCACAACUAUAACUAUAAUCUCAGGCAACAGUGAAAACAAGUUUUCCAUUUCUGGCAAUGAUGUAACAUUAGUUGACCAGCUGGACUAUGAAACAACAACUUCCUAUGAACUGAUUGUUCAAGUGGCUGAUGGUGGAAGCCCUUCUCUUAAAUCUACUGGACGUGUCUUGAUUAAUGUUCUGCCAGCUAAUGACCAGGCACCUCUAAUGACCACAGCAGAUGCAGUAAAAAAUAUCCCAGAAGACACUUCAGUUGGGACUUUAGUCUUUAAAGCUGUUGCAACUGAUCUAGAUGCAGGUGUGGAUGGUAUAAUCACUUACAGUAUAGCAAGUGGUGUGGCUAACAAUGAGUUUGUUAUUGAUGCCAGCUCUGGUGAGGUCUUUGUUGGAUCCCAGCUGGACUAUGAUACAACACCCAACACCUAUGCAAUGGUCAUCAGAGCUACAGAUGGUGCUGGGGCAUCUGCUGCUACAUCCACUGUGUCACUGAGCAUUGUGCUGACAGACAUCAAUGACCAUGUCCCACAGUUUAGUCUGACCAUGUUUAUUUUCAGCAUCAAGGAAAAUGUUGCCUCUGGCACAUCUGUUGGAAAAGUUGUUGCCACAGACAAAGAUUCUGGAGUAGAUGGGGCCAUCAGUUUUACCAAACUUGGAGGCAGUGGCCUGACUUACUUCAACAUUGACAGCUCUACUGGAGUGGUCUCUACUGCUGCUACCAUUGACUAUGAAGCUUUUAAGGUGUUUUAUAUGAGUUUAACAGCAUCUGAUGGUGGGAGUCCAUCUUUUACAUCCACUAGUCUAGUGAAAAUCUUGGUGGAAAACAUGAAUGACAACAAACCAAGCAUCGUGCCAGCAGACUUUGCUGUUAUCAUGUCAGAAAACAGUUUAGUUGGAGCCAGUGUGCUGUCUUACUAUGCUAGUGACAGUGACACUACCAUUGGUCGCUUUAGUCUAGCGACAGCCAACUCUUACUUUCAGGUGAAUUCAGCCAGCGGAGAGGUGACAAUUAAAGAAAAACUUGACAGAGAACAUAUAACUAACCAUGUGAUUCGCAUCAGAGUAACCGACAAAGGCACCUCAAGUGAUCCCAUUACUCGAACGUCUACAGCUACCCUGACUAUUAUAGUUGAUGACAUAAAUGAUAACCCCCCUGUCAUCACUGGCACUUAUUCUGUCUCUGUCCUUGAAAACUCUGUCAUCAACACCUUGGUGCUGACCGUCACUGCCACUGACCUAGAUGCUAAUCAGAAUGGACAAUUGACCUACUCCAUCACAGCAGGCAAUACAGGCUCAGCUUUUAAAAUUGAUUCUACUGGAAGAGUUCAGGUAGCAGCUGCUUUAGACAGAGAAACCACAGCAACUUACACGAUAACAAUUCGUGUCAGUGACAAGGGGACACCAUCUUUGUCUGAUCAAAUAGAUGCUGUCAUUACAAUAACAGAUGUGAAUGAUAAUGACCCAGUAUUCUCCCUUGCUGCUUACACUUUUAAUGUGAAUGAAAACUCCAACACAGGCACAGCAGUUGGAACAGUCACAGCAACAGAUGCUGACUCAGGUGUUAAUGGAGCCUUGACCUACAGUUUUGACACCUUCACACUGGGGACAUCUUCUCAUUUUGCCAUCAGUGGCUCUACGGGAGCCAUAACUGUGGCCACAGCUGCUUUAGAUAGGGAAACAAUGUCUACUUAUAGCAUUUCGGUCAAGGUGGUAGAUUCAGGGACACCACUGUCCAGAACAUCCUACACUGUUGUUACUGUCUACAUUGAUGACCUGAAUGAUAAUGCCCCCAUCUUUACCAAGACAUCUUACAGUGGUAGUGUUAAUGAGAACAGUGCCACAUCAACUUCUAUACUCAAGGUGUCAGCCACUGAUGCUGAUAUCAACACCAAUGCUGCCAUCACUUACAGCAUCAAUACAGUUCUGUUGGAUGGGGCUAAUGCUAACACUUAUCUUCAGAUUUCUUCAUCAACUGGUGUGAUCACACCAAAAACUUCCAUUGACUAUGAGACUAUACAAAAAAUAACAUGCGUUGUGGUAGCAACAGAUGGUGGGACCCCAUCUUUAACUGGGACAACAACUGUAACAAUAACAAUAAUAGACACCAAUGAUAAUAGCCCUGUCUUUAGUCCAACAUUUUACAACACUGAAGUAGCCUACAGUGGUGACUGUGAGAGCACCAUCACAACAGUAACAGCCACAGAUGCUGACUCUGGCAAUAAUGGCUUGAUCUCUUACUCCCUACAGACCUCACUUUACAACUAUUUGUUUACUGUAAACUCAAGCACAGGUAAAGUGAGUCUGUCCAGUAUAGCUGAGGCAGACACCACUUACUCACUGGACAUUCAGGCCAGUGAUGCAGGAAAUCCUAUCAAAACAGCAACAUCACCUGCUAAAGUUAGGGUAGAUUCUUAUGUGCCAAAUAACCAUGUUGUUACUUUUAGGCUCAAGAUAAGCAGGUCAAGUUUCUUGGGUCAGCACAACACAUUUCUGACCAACCUUCAGACUGUUGUCAGAAACACCUAUCCCACUGCCCUGGUGCGACUGACGUGUGUACAAGAGUAUGAUGGUGUGGCACAACUUCCUCCCAGUGGAAGACGAAGGCUUUUGGCAACUCAGCCUGUAGAUGCUUUCUUGUAUGUGGUCAAAGAUGAUACCACCAACAGCUUGAGCAACAUCAACACAGAAAAACAAUUUCUCACCCAAGAUGAAUUUUUAUCUCUGGUGGCUGCAAACCCUGAGGGGGACCCUGGCACUAGUAUACAAGGCCCUGCAUGGGAUUAUUACAGAAUAGAAAGUGUAAAUCCCUACUACCAGACCUCAGAGAGUUGGUGGGACACGGACUAUGGAAAGAUAAUUACAGCAAUUGCUUGUCUACUUGGGUUGUGUUUGUUUGCCCUGUUCUCCUACCUUGUUGCACCUUACUGUUGCUACAAGCAAGUUAGAUCUUUAAAAAAGUCAGUAAAGGAGUUAGACAUGGAUUCAUCAAGAAAAAAAAAAGUAGAAAGGUCAACAUGGGCAUUUUGUUUCAAGUCCAAAGGAGGUCACUCUGGAGGUCAUCCUAAGCAACUUUUACACCUUCAAAAUCCAACAAUUUUCAACCCCCCAUGGACAGCCAGUACCAGUAGCAGUACAGGGUCUACUUUAGAAUUUAAAGCUGCACCGCCAUUUAUUCUAGAGACAAAUGACGAUGUCCUGUCUGGGUACAAAAUUAACAACAGAUACUUUGAUGGCAAAGCAAUGGAACACGCAACUGGCAAGGUAUUUGAAUACAACACAAAGACCAAUCUGCACAACUGGGUCAACUAGAAUGGCAUCUGUUAUCUCAAGCCAUUAGAAAGAUUUGCUUUAUAUGGUGACAUGAUUUCCUGUGAAAUAAUUAAAAUUAACAGUUCACUUUAUAACUUAUUCAAGCUUGUUUUAAAUUUUAAUAUCAUGUUGUACAAGUUGUUUUAUGAGACCUAUGGUGGUAUGAUUUCUAAAGUUAUAUGCUAGAUAUUUCCUAAUUUUCCUUAUUUGACAAUUUAUUCCUUCAAAAAUGUCUUAGCGCUAUGAUUUAAUAUUUUCUGUACUAUUUGAUGACUUAGAAGAAAAAUAAGGUAUAACAAUUCAUUAAGUUUAUCACCACACAGCUGGUUCAGAUAUUCUGUUUACAAUACAAAGCCUAGAUUUAUUAACAGCACUAUGUUGAUCUUGAAGCUUGUUAGUACACCAUCAGGCUAGUGUAUAAAGACACUUUUAGUAGUAGUGACUAUUGUGGCAGUUGCUUGGCCUUUUUUUAAAAUUAAAACAUGAAACGUAAUCUUGUGGUAGUAUA